UAUACAUGAGAUGGCUUGCUUCCCAACUGGAACCCUGGGGACUUGGGGGGCCGCUGUCCUGGCUGCAAAUGCAGGAAUGCCCACAUGCAGGAUCGCCGCCAAUUGCGGGUUGCAAUUGCACACUAUUGAAAUUGUUUGUGACAAUUCCAGUCUUUCGACAGACAAUUCAUAGGACAAUUUCACAAGGAAAUCAGGAACAGCCGUUGCUAUGGAGGAGGUGACGCAUCUGGUGUCGUCGGGUGACUGUGUUAAGAUCUGGGACUCAGCCUCCAUGACAGUUUUGGAACAGUUUAACCCGCACAGCGCUACACACCCUGUGGCCCAAGUGUGCUGGAGCAGCAACAAUCAGUAUCUUGUAAGUGCCAGCAGUAUAGGAGACAAGCUGGUGGUAUCCAGUCUCAAGUCCGCUCCUAUCCCAGUGGUGGAGCUUGCAGAGGGGAAAAAGCAGACACGUGUGAGUCUGAACUCAACGUCCCAGUACCUAGUGAGUGGGGGGCUUGAUAACUCUGUUAACAUCUGGGACCUGAAGGCCAAGAGGCUUCAUCGCACCCUCAAGGACCACAAAGAGGAGGUGACGUGCGUGUCCUUCAACGGCAGUGACAGCUACAUCGCCUCGGGCUCCACCAGUGGUGACAUCAUCCUGCACAGCAUCACCACCAACCUGUCCAGUAAUGCAUUUGGACACGGCAUCAACCAACCCAUCCACGACCUGAAGUACUCUGUGGUUAAGCGCUCCCUGCUGGGCAGUGUGUCAGAUAGCGGCUCGGUGGUCCUGUGGGACGCCAACACUCAGAAGGAGCUGCACGUGUUCGAUGGAGCCCACAAGGCCCCCGCCUCAGGCCUGGCCUUCUCUCCUGCCAACGACCUGCUCUUUGUCACCGUUGGCCUGGACAAGAAGAUCAUCUGCUAUGACACCUCCAGCAAGAUUAUUCUCCGCAACAUGUGUGUGGAGUCCCCGUUGACGGCCAUUGACUUCACUCCAGAUGGGGCAGGGCUGGUAGUGGGCUCCACCCAGGGCAGACUGUACCUGUACGACCUGCGCAACCUCAGCUCCCCUACUAAGACUGCCGCGGCACACAAGACCUCCAUCACCAGCUUGCGCUUCCAGAGUUCCCAGAGCAGACACCUCAAGUCCAGUAAAAUAGCUUCCAGCAAGUCUUCCAGGGCCCAGACACGCAAGAGGAUCUCAGCCAGGCUGGGUAGUACCUACCUACCAGUAACUACCCCUAGCUCCACCUCCAAUCCCCCCUCUAGCCUGCCUGCACACCAUGCAGUAGAAAGAAGGGAUGGACAAGCCCAGGGCACAGGCACACACAGAGAGGCAGAGGACCAGCUGGGUGUUGACUGCCUGCCUAGUCUGGACAAGUUCAGCAGCGUGGGUAGAAACAGCCUGGACAUCUUCUCCCCUGUAAAAGACGAUUACAAAGCCCACGGGAUGAGUGGUGAUGCUUCUGGUGGAAUCAAAGGGAAAGCGAUCAGUUUGGAUAUGUUCUCCAGAGAAGGGCAGCAAAGCAUGGAGAAGUUCAGCAAAGUGGGACGCAACAGUCUGGACAUUUUCUCUCCUGUUAGAGAGGAUUACAAAACCCAUGGAAUGACUGCAGAUGAAUCAAAUGGGAAGAAAGGAAACAAUCUGGACUUCCUCCCUACCUACUCUGGUGGUCCCCCACACCACAAGACUCCCCUGGGCACCCUUGGAGGAGGGUGCUGUUACAGCCCCCUGCCUGUCUUCCAGACCCCUUCACCAAUCAAAGAGGAGCUAGCCAUGCCCCCUGCACCAGCGCAGACAGACACACAGGACUCAAAAAGGUAUGAGAAGGGCAGUGGUUCCAGUCUGGAGGGUGAAGGCCCAACCACGCUCACGUCAUCAGCCCAGACCUCACACAGCCAACCAGCACCGCCGUUCUUCACCACUGAACCCGGCCUGAGGACCAAUGAAUUGCAGGCCCAGCUGAGCUACAACACGCCCCUAAAUGGUGUGCUGCCCAUUAUUGUACCAGUGUCUUUGGCAGUGGCAUCCUCGCUAUCCGAGAGAAUAGUGGAGGCUGUUGGAACAGAGGGUGGAGGGGCUCCCCUCACAUCUCUGCAGAUCCAGUUCAUCCGCAACAUGAUCCAUGAGACCCUGGAAGACUUCCGGGACUCCUGCCACCGAGACAUAGUGAACCUCCAGGUGGAGAUGGUCAAACAGUUCUACAUUCAGCUGAACGAGAUCCAUGGUCUGAUCGAGAAGUACUCUGUCAAUGACUCGCUGGUGGAGGAGAUUGAGAAGCUGAGGGAGGAGAACAAGCGACUCCGAGACGGUUACUGAGAGGUUGACUUGAUGGAGUUAAUCACCCCUGGAUACAGUUGUUGUCCCUUCUCAACUCGGACAAAAGUCUUCCGCAGAGCUCAAAGUCUAUGUGGAAUAAUCGUUCCAGGGACAGAACUCUGAAGGCCAAAUGUGCCUUUUUUUGUAUCCUGGUUUAAUUCCCUCCGUCUCUUUACAUGGCAUGCAGGGACCCUUUGUAUUCUCACCAGUUUAUUUUGUACAUGUCAAACUUGCCAAGGGCCUUGGAAUGGAUUAAUUAAGAAGUGCCUUACUAGUUGUAACCCAAGGGCUGGACCAGUAUGUUAUCAGUCACAAGGUAUGACACAGUGGUUAUCAUGCUGGACUGGCCCGUGAUGGCAUGGCACUAUUUUACCCCAAUUCAAAACCGGUCUCUCCUCUCGCAGGUCCUUGUUGACUCCACCAGUGGAUCUAAUGGACAAGUGUAAGUAAUGAUGCAAACUACGUUACAAUAUUGCUGAUACCUAUUCAUUCCUUUUAGAUCUGUGAAGGAGAGAUCAGCAAGGACCCAGGGAUUGGAAGAUGCAUUAGCUUGGGAUUGCCCUUAAAUACUUAUCUUCAGUAUGGUUGAAGUUGAUAGUAUCUUUUGGCUUUUACUAGAAUACUGAAGAUAAAUUAGGGCAUGCCUUUGUUGGAAGACAUAAUCAUGAUAGUGUUUGUUGUGGACUAAGUAAGAAAAGGCCAUAUCGGUCAUCGAUUUCUCUUAUUGUAAGCAAAGUGGUGCCAAGCUCCCCUCUAUGAAGGGUGUUUGCAUCGCCAAGUUUCUGUUCCUCAUAGUUGAGUUUCUUUUGUUAUAGAUUUUUUUUAUAAGAGGAAAAUAAAUACUCAAUAUGCAUACAA